UAAUGGGGGUCGCCCGGGAGUCGGAAGGGGGAGGGUAAAAGGAGGAGGCAGCCAAGGAAUUGUUUUUUUUCUCUCGCCCCGCCCUCGCUAGGCCGGCCAAUAGUGAUGGUCUGUUUCCCCACAAGCCUCGCCCAGCUUCUGUGCCUCAGCCAAUGAACUGCCGAAGCGGCUCCGAGGGGGCGGGCCCGGGAGGCUGUGCGUGUCUUGUGAGAGCUCUUGAACCAAGUCAGAGCUAGAGUCGGCUGGGCGGCUUGAAACGGCGGCCGUCGCCGGUGACUCAGGGAGGCGGGAGGCGGGGGAGGAGCCCUUCCUGCAGGCGUGGAAACCAUGGUGCUCACGCUCGGAGAAAGUUGGCCGGUAUUGGUGGGGAAGCGAUUCCUCAGUCUGUUCGUAGCCGACGGCAGUGAAGGCGGCCACGACAGCUGGGACGUGGAGCGCGUCGCCGAGUGGCCCUGGCACUCCGGGACCAUUCGAGCUGUCUCCCACACUGAUGUUACCAAGAAAGAUCUGAAGGUGUGUGUGGAGUUUGAUGGGGAAUCUUGGAGGAAGAGAAGAUGGAUAGACGUCUACAGCCUUCGCAGGAGAGCAUUUUUAGUAGAGCAUAACUUGGUUUUGGCUGAACGAAAAUCUCCUGAAAUUUCUGAACGAAUUGUUCAGUGGCCUGCAAUAGUGUACAAAUCACUGUUGGACAAAGCUGGUUUGGGAUCCAUAACUUCUGUUCGUUUUCUGGGAGAUCAACAAAGAGUAUUUCUGUCCAGAGAUCUUUUGAAGCCUAUACAGGAUGUAAACAAUCUUCGACUUUCUCUUACGGAUAAUCAGGACGUCAGUAAAGAAUUUCAAGCUUUGAUUGUGAAACAUUUAGAUGAAAGCCAUCUUUUACAAGGUGACAAAAACUUAGUUGGUUCAGAAGUAAAAAUUUAUAGCUUGGAUCCAUCUACUCAAUGGUUUUCAGCAACUGUUGUAAAUGGAAACCCAGCAUCAAAAACUCUUCAAGUCAGCUGUGAGGAGAUUCCAGCACUGAAAAUUGUCGAUCCAUCACUGAUUCAUGUUGAAGUUGUACAUGAUAACUUUGUGACAUGUGGUAAUUCUACAAGAAUCACAGCUGUAAAACGCAAGUCUUCUGAGAAUAAUGGAAGCCUGGUUUCCAAACAAGUGAAAUCUUGUUCUGAGGCCUCUCCCAGUAUGUGUCCUGUACAGUCUGUUCCCACAACAGUUUUUAAGGAGAUACUCCUUGGUUGUACUGCAGCAACUCCACCUAGUAAGGACCCAAGACAGCAAAGUACUCCCCAGGCUGCCAACUCUCCACCUAACCUUGGAGCAAAAAUUCCUCAAGGAUGUCAUAAGCAGAGUUUACCAGAAGAACUUUCUUCCUGUCUAAAUACAAAGGCUGAAAUGCUGAGAACAAAACCAGAUGUUGUCUGCAAAGCGGAGUUGCUCUCCACGAAGUCUUCUCAGAUUGGAACUGGAGACUUGAAAAUUCUGAGUGAGCCAAAAAGUAGCUGUACCCAGCCUAAGACAAACACUGAUCAGGAAAACAGAUUGGAAUCUGGCCCACAACCAUUGAAUGGCCUUCCUAAGGAGUGCUUACCUACAAAGGCUUCUUCUAAGGCAGAAGUGGAAAUUGCCAGUACUCCUGAACUGCAGAAGCACCUAGAACAUGCACCUUCAACAUCUGAUGUCCUUUCACAUAUGCCAGAAAUGAAAGCAGGUAUCAGCAGUGAUAGCCAUAAUAGUUUUACAGAAAAAAAGGUAGAACCUUCAACUUUAGCUUGUCGAUCACAGAAUUUAAAGGAAUCUUCAGUAAAAGUAGAUAAUGAAAGCUGUUGUACAAGAAGCAACAACAAAAUCCCGAAUGCCCCAUCCCGGAAGUCAGUUUUGACAGACCCAGCCAAACUCAAGAAGCUACAGCAGAGUGGAGAGGCCUUUGUGCAGGAUGAUUCCUGCGUGAACAUUGUCGCACAACUGCCCAAGUGCCGGGAGUGUCGCUUGGACAGUCUCCGCAAGGAUAAGGAUCAACAGAAGGACUCGCCCGUGUUUUGUCGCUUCUUUCAUUUCAGGAGGUUACAGUUCAACAAACAUGGUGUGUUGCGGGUAGAAGGCUUCUUAACACCGAACAAGUACGACAGUGAAGCAAUUGGCUUGUGGUUACCUUUAACCAAAAACGUUGUGGGGACUGAUUUGGACACAGCAAAGUAUAUCCUGGCUAACAUUGGAGACCACUUCUGUCAAAUGGUGAUUUCUGAAAAGGAAGCUAUGUCAACUAUUGAGCCACACAGACAGGUUGCUUGGAAGAGAGCUGUCAAAGGUGUUCGAGAAAUGUGUGAUGUGUGCGACACUACCAUCUUCAACCUGCACUGGGUGUGUCCUCGGUGUGGGUUUGGAGUGUGUGUGGAUUGCUACCGGAUGAAGAGAAAGAAUUGCCAACAGGGUGCUGCUUACAAGACUUUCUCUUGGCUAAGAUGUGUGAAGAGUCAGAUACAUGAACCAGAGAACUUAAUGCCUACACAGAUCAUUCCUGGAAAAGCCCUCUAUGAUGUUGGAGAUAUUGUUCAUUCUGUAAGAGCAAAAUGGGGAAUAAAGGCAAAUUGUCCCUGUUCAAACAGGCAAUUCAAACUCUUUUCAAAGCCAGCCUCAAAGGAAGACCUAAAACAGACUUCCUUAACUGGAGAAAAGCCAACUCUUGGUGCCGUGCUCCAGCAGAAUCCCUCAGUGUUAGAACCAGCCACUGCGGGUGGGGAAGCAGCCUCCAAGCCAGCCAGCAGCAUGAGGCCUGCCUGUCCAGCUAGCACAUCUCCUUUAAACUGGCUGACAGACCUCACCAGUGGGAAUGUCAAUAAGGAAAACAAAGAAAAACAGCCAACCAUGCCAAUUUUAAAGAAUGAAAUCAAAUGCCUUCCACCCCUUCCGCCUUUGAGCAAAUCCAGCACGGUCCUCCACACCUUUAAUAGCACAAUUUUGACACCUGUAAGCAACAAUAAUUCUGGUUUCCUCCGAAAUCUCUUGAAUUCCUCUACAGGAAAGACAGAAAAUGGACUCAAGAAUACACCAAAAAUCCUUGAUGACAUCUUUGCCUCUUUAGUGCAAAAUAAGACGUCCUCUGAUUUAUCCAAAAGGCCUCAAGGACUGACGAUCAAGCCCAGCAUUCUGGGCUUCGACACUCCUCACUAUUGGCUGUGUGAUAAUCGUUUGCUGUGCUUGCAAGAUCCCAACAACAAGAGCAACUGGAAUGUGUUUAGGGAGUGCUGGAAACAAGGGCAGCCAGUGAUGGUGUCAGGAGUGCAUCAUAAAUUGAACGCUGAACUUUGGAAACCUGAAUCCUUCAGGAAAGAGUUCGGUGAGCAGGAAGUCGACCUAGUUAAUUGCAGGACCAAUGAAAUCAUCACAGGAGCCACAGUAGGAGACUUCUGGGAUGGAUUUGAAGAUGUUCCAAAUCGUUUGAAAAAUGAACAAGAACCAAUGGUACUGAAACUUAAGGACUGGCCACCAGGAGAAGAUUUUAGAGAUAUGAUGCCUUCCAGGUUUGAUGAUCUCAUGGCCAACAUCCCACUGCCUGAGUACACAAGGCGAGAUGGCAAACUGAACUUGGCCUCUAGACUGCCAAACUACUUUGUUCGUCCAGAUCUGGGUCCCAAGAUGUAUAAUGCUUAUGGAUUGAUCACUCCAGAUGAUCGGAAAUAUGGAACAACAAAUCUUCACUUAGAUGUUUCUGAUGCAGCCAAUGUCAUGGUUUAUGUGGGAAUUCCUAAAGGACAGUGUGAGCAAGAAGAAGAAGUCCUUAAAACCAUUCAAGAUGGAGAUUCUGAUGAACUCACAAUAAAGCGAUUUAUUGAAGGAAAAGAGAAGCCAGGAGCACUCUGGCACAUAUAUGCUGCUAAGGACACAGAGAAGAUAAGGGAAUUCCUUAAAAAGGUAUCAGAAGAGCAAGGUCAAGAAAACCCAGCAGACCAUGAUCCUAUUCAUGAUCAGAGCUGGUAUUUAGACCGAUCACUAAGAAAGCGGCUUCAUCAAGAAUAUGGAGUUCAAGGCUGGGCUAUCGUACAAUUUCUUGGGGAUGUGGUGUUUAUCCCAGCAGGAGCUCCACAUCAGGUUCAUAACUUAUAUAGCUGUAUCAAAGUGGCUGAAGAUUUUGUUUCUCCAGAGCAUGUUAAACACUGCUUCUGGCUUACUCAGGAAUUCCGUUAUCUGUCACAGACUCACACCAAUCAUGAAGAUAAAUUACAGGUGAAGAAUGUUAUCUACCAUGCAGUUAAAGAUGCAGUUGCAAUGCUGAAAGCCAGUGAAUCCGGUUUUGGCAAACCUUAAUCUCCCUGCACAUUGGAAGUGAAUUACUGGCAGCUGUUUAAACUCUUCAGGCAGGAUUCCUGUGGACUUUGAGAUUUCAUGUUACCUCAUCUUCUUUUUUAAACUGUACCCGACUUGUGAGGGUACUCUGUCUAAUGUAUAUUUCUAGUGUUUACAGACACUAAAUGUGUAUAUGUAGUAACUAUUUACAGAACAUGCAUCCUUAAACUGUGACUUCUCACCUAGUGCAGAACUUUUACCAGGCUGUAAAAACAAAAACCUCAUGUCAGCUCUGGAACAACACCUGCAGUUAUUCCCUGGCUGUUUGGGCAGCUUAGUCAAAAGGAACUUACGACUAUUAGCAAUCACUGCGCAGUUUAUUUGGGUUGUAUUUCGCUUUGUGUCCGAGUACCGUCUCCCUCGCCCCUUACGGUCCAGAAGAGCAAUGGAAGAAGUGACAGCUGAUGAUGCAGUUCUUAUUGUAAUGCAUAGGACUGGCAUUAUAUAGCAGAAAUCCACUACUGUACAAUUCUUGGGGUUAACCAUCUUUAGUUAAAUGGAAUUUUAAUUUAAAUGAAGCUUUGCUAAUUUUAAGUGUUAAGCAUUUUGCAUUAAAAUAUUCGUAUAAUA